UGGAGGAGGAGAAGGAGGGGGCUGGAUCCUGUCCGGCUAGGAAGGAAAGGCUCUGCUUAGCAAGUGUCGGAAAACGAGUCUCCGGAGUGGCUCGGGAGGGAAGGAUGUGCAAAAAGCUGGAGGACGAGGAGGUGUCAGAAUUUACUUGUUUUGAUCUAACUUGGCUGUAAUCAUCCUUCCCUUCUGGCGAGCAACAACAUGAUGUCAAAUAGAAAUAAUCUUGCUUACCACAGUCUUAUAACAGGUAGCUAAGAUAAAUAGCUAAUAAAGAAAUUUGUCUCUGGUGAACCACUAACAUCAUUGAUUUGUGGGGUCUCAUCUGGCACAGGUUUGAUAUUCAAACAAGAUGUUAGAAGAGUAUGGUCAUAUGCAAAACCAGGUGGAAUUACAAAACACCAGUUUAGGAAAGGAGGUAGUUAUGAAUUCUCUUGAAACUGAUCUUCAGCAUAUAAUGGACAGACUCAGCCAGAAAAAAUAUUCAUCAAGUCUGAAAUUAAAAAGAAAUGAAGACUACUCUGGUUCUUAUUUAACUCUCUCUCAACCUCUGGCACCUAAAUUGAGCCCUGCAUCUAGUGUUAAAAGUAUGCCAUCUGUUUCCAAAAUUCAAGGAAUCAAACCUUUGGCUUGUGAGAACUCUUAUCAUUCAGACAAAAAUGUUUCUCUAAAGCAUAUGGGCCCCAUUUCAGGCACGUUCUCAUCUUUAAGUGGGUACAGCCUAGGAAAGAACGACUUGGAUAUUUAUGCUGCCAGAGAAAAUGAAAAACAGUUUGGACAUCUGGAUAAAUUUCCCUAUUCAAAGUACAGCCAGAAGAAUAAAUCUCAUGAUAGCGUCUAUUUCCCAGGAGUGUUGGAUGGGUGGAAAAACUCUGGAUCUCUUGCAAUGUGGAAUGGGAAUUCAGGAAAUGAUAUAAUUAUUUCACCAGUCAGCAGCUCUGGAGCUGCCAGUAUGCCCUCCAGUCCAAAACAAAGCAGGAAAAUGAACGUACACGACAUCAUGUCAGUUCAGGCCAGGUCAGCUAAACAGAAGGACCCAGCAAUGGAAGCUCAAGGGUAUAGAACCAAAAAAUAUCCAGGUGGUUCACUGAGUCAUAUGGGAGUUUAUAGUCGGUCAUUACCCAGACUUUACAAAUCAGCAGAAAGCCAACUCACACCACUGAGUUUACCCCCAAGAAACUCUACUGGAAAUUCCAAAAGAAAGAAGACUAUUGAAAAAGACCUUCUACCUCAAAAUAUACUGGAUACUGACAAUUACCUUAAUUUUUCUUCUUGUACCCCAGGAGUAUUGCCAUAUUCAAACUUUGUACCUGAAGUGAAUUCCUAUGUAAAUUCAACUCUCAGUGUUCCUGCAAGCCCCCGGAUAGCUAGAAAAAUGCUUCUGGCCUCCACAUCCUCAUAUGCACCUGAUGACUUUGAUAGGGUUGGAGUGCCAGGGACAAGCCCUAGUAAUUCGUUUAUUCCUUUGGAUCCUGAGAGAGUGUUCCCUGUGAGAAGGAGAGUUUCCAAUAGCUCCAUGGAGUUCGAUGAAACAGAUUUGGAAAGCCUUAGGCAGACUCCUUCCAUUCGAGAGAGAAAGAACAGCAUUAGUUCUGUUUCUGGAAGAGAUGACCUAAUGGACUACCACAGGAGACAGAGAGAAGAAAGGCUUAAAGAACAGGAAAUGGAGAGGCUGGAGCGCCAGCGGCUAGAGACCAUUCUUAAUCUGUGUGCAGAAUACUCCAAGCCUGACAAUGAACCUGCCACUGUUAGUACCGUAGCUGAUGUUCAGAAAAUUAAUAAAGAACUUGAAAAACUCCAGUUGUCUGAUGAAGAUUCUGUUUUUGAAGAUUCUCAGAUAAUAGCAGACUCAAGAUUCAGAGAUCAUUUGCAGCUUCAAGCUGAAGAUUCUGACUUCUCCGAAUUCAGUGAUCUUGGACAAAAUUCUAUGGGCUUCUUUUCCUCAAGAGGAAUCAGAACGAAUAAACAUUUAAAUGGCAACAGGACAAGUUCACCUUUAUCUUCUUCUGCUUUCCUGAAGGAUGUCAGUGAAUCUUCUUACCUAAGCAUUAUGUCAAAGUCACCAGAAUGCAUAAGCAAUGAACAAACAGUAUCAGAACUUAAUCAAAUGGAAGAACAGCGCAUUAUAAUAUUAAAUAACUUAGAAGAACUUGAACAAAAGAUCAAAGACUUAAAUGACCAGAUGGAUGAAUCCUCCAGAGAGAUGGAUAUGGAAUGUGCCUUACUGGAAGCAGAGCAGAAAUCUGAAACAGCUGAACUACUCAAGGAGAAGGAAAUAGUAGAUCAUUUAAACAGGAAGAUAGCAGAGCUGGAGAGAAAUGUCAUUGGUGAAAAGGCCAAGGAAAAAAUAAAGCUUGAUGCUGAGAGGGAAAAACUAGAAAAGCUUCAGGAGCUUUACUCCGAGCAGAAGACUCAGCUUGAUAAUUGCCCCGAGUCCAUGAGGGAACAGUUACAGCAGCAGCUAAACAGGGAUGCAGACUUGUUGGAGGUAGAAAGCAAACAUUUUGAAGAUUUGGAAUUUCAGCAGCUUGAAAAUGAGAGCAGAUUAGAUGAAGAAAAAGAGAACUUAACCCAGCAGCUUCUGCGUGAAGUUGCUGAAUAUCAGCGUAGCAUUGUCAGCAGAAAGGAAAAGGUUUCUGCUCUCAAAAAACAAGCCAAUCACAUUGUACAACAAGCACAAAGAGAACACGAUCAUUUUGUCAAAGAGAAAAACAAUUUACUGAUGAUGUUGCAGAGGGAGAAGGAAAAUCUUUGCAGUCUAGAAAAGAAGUAUUCUUCACUGUCAGGAGGCAAAGGAUUCCCUCUGAGUCCCAGCAGUCUAAAAGAGGGUUAUGUGAAUGUAAAUGACAUUAGUGACCCGCAUGGCAAUUCCAUGAAUAUAUCCCCUUCCACACAACCCCCCUCUGCUGCUGAUGCUGUUCCCACUGAACCUUCCACAGCUGGCCUGAUGAGCCAGUCACAAAAUAAAGAGCACUUCCGAAAUUUGGAAGAGAGAAAGAAGCAGCAUAAAGAAGGCCUGUACAUGAGUGAUACUUUGCCCCGCAAGAAAACAGCUCCUCCUAUAUCACCUCAUUUCAGUAGUUCUACUCUUGGACGAAGUGUUAAGGGUCACCUGCCACUUGGACAAAGCAGUAGCUGUGGCAGCAUACUUCCUCAUUGUUCAGGAUCUAUGACAAAAGAGGUGGAGCCAAGGAGAACUCAUAAAGGUAAAGGCAAAAAAGGAACAAUUAGUCAUUCCAAAAGCUCAAGUGUUAAAGGUUAUAACCAACAGCAUCUGCGUGAGGAACAAAGCCAGAAGCCUCCUGAAUUCUACAGCAGAACUGCCUCAGAAUCAAAUGUGUACUUGAACACCUUUCAUUACCCUAAUCCUAAUCUGAAAGACCACGCCUUUGACACGCUUAGUUUAGACAGCUCAGACAGCAUGGAGACUAGUAUAUCUGCCUGUUCCCCAGAUAAUAUUUCCAGUGCUAGUACUGCAAACGUGGCACGAAUAGAAGAGAUGGAAAGACUUUUAAAACAAGCUCAUGCUGAGAAAACACGAUUGCUUGAAUCCAGGGAACGAGAAAUGGAAGCAAAAAAAAAAGCACUAGAAGAAGAAAAGCAUCGCAGACAGCAGCUAGAGAAAAGGUUACAAGAAGAAACUAGUCAGCGACAAAAACUAAUUGAAAAAGAAGUUAAGAUACGUGAAAAACAGAGAAGUCAGUCUCGUCCCUUGACCCGUUAUUUGCCAGUCAGAAAGGAAGAUUUUGAUCUGCGCGGCCACAUAGAGACAGCUGGCCACAAUAUAGAGACUUGUUACCAUGUCUCACUCACUGAGAAGACCUGCCGAGGCUUUCUUGUUAAGAUGGGAGGUAAAAUUAAAACAUGGAAAAAACGAUGGUUUGUGUUUGAUAGAAACAAGAGAACGUUUUCUUAUUAUGCAGACAAACAUGAAACUAAAUUAAAAGGAGUAAUUUAUUUCCAAGCCAUUGAGGAAGUCUAUUAUGAUCAUUUAAAGAAUGCUUGUAAGAGUCCUAAUCCAUUGCUUACUUUCAGCGUUAAAACGCAUGACAGAAUAUAUUAUAUGGUGGCCCCAUCACCAGAAGCUAUGCGGAUAUGGAUGGAUGUAAUAGUUACAGGAGCAGAAGGUUACACCCACUUCAUGUUGUAGUUAAAUGGUGCAAAGUUUCAUCAAUAGGGCAUAAUGCAAUAACAGCUGUGUUUGUGAGGAUGGAAAGCCAUAUUUAGUCAUAUUUGACAAGUCAUAUGUAUAAAAUAACAAGAAUCCUACCAGAACACCUAAUCUUAUGCUCCAAAAGGAAAUACAUGAUAUGUAAGGGAACAUCAAGUUCUAAUGAGAUUUGUUUUAUAUUGCUGUGUUUUAGAUUCAGUACUUGUUGAAACAGCAGAGAGAAAAAAGGCUACUUAAAAGAUGAUAACCCUCCAAAAAUGGAUAAUCAGAUAGCCAUAAGCCAAUUUCUGUGGCAAAUUCUACCAUGCAGAACUUUCCUUAUGAAAAUAAAUGUCAUAAGUUAACAGUGUUGCUAUACUUUUAAGUAUACGAUUUUGUAUUAAGAAGUGAAAGAGAAAGAUAUGAUGCCUCUAUAUUUAAUGUACAGGAUUUAUGAACAAUUUUAUGUUCUUUUCCUUACAAGUAUUUUAUAACAAAUUUUAAACUACUGUUUGCAGUGUUUUUGUCUUAAAACACAACCAAAGAUCCAUACCAUGUGUUGAGAUUUAGUUUUAUGUAAUAGAAGAGUUUUUAAAUUCUUUUAUAUAUGCUAGUGGAGUUUUAAAAUAUUUCUGUCUAUAUCUUGGAAAUGCUGGAUGUUAGUUUGAAUGUUAACAAAAAAAUAACAUCUUUAGGAUCUUUGAAAUAUCAGCUUUCUUUUUAGAGGGUAGGAUCAGAUAAAAAUCCACACUGAGCAAUCACAUUCUGCAUUUCUUUAGUGAGGCUUUUACUUAAUUUCUUAACAAAUUACAACCCUCUUCACAAUAUUAUUCCUUUACUAGUUAUAGCAGUACAGCUUAGUAGAAUUAAGAACUGUAAUUAAAAAACCAUGACCAUGUAUGGUUAUAAUGGCCAUUUAGUACCCUAAAAGAGAUGGAUUCCCCCAAACAACAUCGUUUUUGUGGGUAAAAUUACAAGUCUUUGGAAACUAUAUUCAUAACUUUUCCAUAUAAAAUAAAUAUUUUAAUGUAGGUGAAUAUUCUCCCAGGCUAAGUUGGCUUAGAAACUAGAAUGUGAAGAAUUUCUUUGGACAUACAGUAGAUAAGGUCAGUCAUGAAGAAAAGUCUUCAAAUCUUUUCUGAAUUAUAUUUCCAUUGAUGAUGAAGAAGCAUUUCUGUUUUGGCACACAGACAUAUCCUGCAGCUAGUUUGACAGGUGUCUGAAUAGAAGCCAUGAAAACUUAUUUUGCAUCAUAAACAAAAUAACAGUCCCAUUACACAUUCUUUUUAAAGCUGUGCUUCUGAUUUCAUAUUCUAGAUCAUUCUUUGUGUAUUAAUUUAUGUUGCUCUUUAACAUAGAAAAAUAUUUUGUUUCACAUAUGUACAGUACUGAGGAAGCUGUCACUGCAUUUCUCUUGAAUAAAGUACAGUAAAUAAUCCUUUUCUCUGUUCCUUAUGGAGUCUCAAGAAAUGAUAUGGGGACCAUAGCUCAGUAACAGAGCACAUGCAGUAUGCAGACACUUCCAGGGUCAAGCUCAGCAUCUCUGAUUUAAAAGGAUUCUGAGAAAGAUCUCUUCUUGAGACUUUAUUGAAUGGCUCCCAGAGGGGAUAAUACUGGGUUAAAUCACUAAGUCUUACUGAUUCUAGGCCCAGUGGGUCAAGUGAUGUUCUGGAGCCUGUAUCUAGCACUUGCCCUACCAAGUCUAAAAUGUUUAUGCAUUUAAGGGAUCACCAUGUUAUGUUCUUAAGAUUACAUAUUCCUUUAAUAUCAUUUUCAUUUUAAAUACUUUGCUUGUCUUUGGAUAUUGUACUCAGAUGAAGUUUGGAUUUUGAAUCAUGUUCGUAUUUGAUGUUGCCUUUUAAUAUUUUUAUUUUGUACAUGCCAUGUUUUCAGUGCACUAAACUAAAAUUGUUAUAUCUCCUUAAGGAAAUAUAAAUAAUGAACCACUUUCAGAAAUAGUUAUAAUUUUAAAAUAUAACUGAACGUAUUGUAGUGUGUGAUGCCAAGUAGUUUGAUUACAGUAGUUCAAAGAUCCCACAUAUUUUCAAAUGCAUUUACAUGAAAAGAAAUCACAUAGAAACUUGCGUCUAAGUUGUUAAAUCAGGGCUUAAAAUUGUUUUUCCUUUAAUUCAGCAAAAGAAAAUAAAGAAUGAAGUGUUAAACUUCAAUUGUAUAUACAUAGUGUAAAAAUAUGUUUUAUUUAACACCCUGGGAUUUACUUACAUUUGUGUGCUCCAGGCGAAAGGGCAUUAAGUUGGAUCCAGGCUUAUUCAAAGUAGACCCAUUUAAAUCCAUCAAAAUUAAGCUUGUUAUCAAUAACAAGGUGAAUUGAUUCCAGUAAUUCUGUUCUAGAUACAAUUCAGCCAGAAAAAGAAAAACUAUGAAAAACCUAAUUUGUGUCUUCUGAAGGAAAAGGAGAUUGCAAAGUUUGCUUAACCAAUGUUAGAAGAUAAAUUCCAGAAAUGAAUGCUAUUGGUUUCCAUAGUUUCUAUUGCAUAUUUUAAUUUUACUUCUAUAUAAAUUUUACAGGUUUUCUAUUUUUUUUUUAAUCUUGCAUGU